CGUGAUUGGUUUGUGUAUUGUAAAGGAGCAAAUAUGGCGGCAAUUAGCACCAAACAGAAGCUUUUGCAGCUUAUUGAAGACACAGAAAUAAUAUCUAAGGAAAUAUUUGAACUUAUGAGCACACCAAAACAACAACAGCGAGCUGAUGCACCCGAGACCCAGAAAUUAAUGGAACUUUUGGUUUUAAAAGAUAAAGAAAUAAAGGAGAAUCUAAAAAUAGCUGCAGAACAAGCCGAGAUACAGAAAACUGUGGAUGAACUGAAAACAGAAGUGGAUAAACGUGACACAGAUAUCAGGAACCUUCAGAAGAAUCUCAAAGAAGCUGAAACUAUAUUGUCAACUGCUAUCUAUCAAGCCAAACAGAAGCUGGAAGCCAUUAGACAAGCAAAUAACAAGACUAUAUCUUCAGAGGAACUUAUAAAGUUUGCACACAAGAUCAGCGCCAGUAAUGCUGUUGCAUCGCCACCGACUUGGACACCAGGUGAUCCUAGGAGGCCAUAUCCCACUGACUUUGAAAUGAGACUUGGUUUCCUCGGGAAAUGCAGUGGUGACCUACCGAUCAACGGUCAACAGUUACAGUCUCAGGGGUCGUAUGGAGAACCCAUGUCCAGUAAUAGGACAUCGGCCGGACUAGGAGAACCAACAUCUGCAAGCACACCUUCCUCAGUAUCUUCAUGGCAACCGCCACCGGAGUUACAUCAUUCCUUGUCAACAGGAAGUGGGGGAGCGUCAGGUUUCCUGACGGAGAUAAAAGGACAUAACAAGGAAAAUGAGGAUGUGGGCUUCAUGUCUAGUGACUCGUCUAGUAGUUCAUCAAGUGAUGAAUAAAAUGUGGAAUAUUUAUUGUCAA